AUGUUUUCUCUUCUAGUUAAUAUUCCUGCUGAUGCUAAAUGGUCACAGAACGGAGUGACUAUUGCUGGAGGCAACGGGGUUGGGGGUGCCACUAAUCAACUCAACUACCCUUUUGGCCUCUUCCUUGAUGAUGAUCAAACAGUAGUCAUUGCUGACAUGUGGAAUCAUCGUAUCAUGCAAUGGAAGAACGGUGAUACAAUGAAUGGACAAGUUUUUGCUGGUGGUAAUGGCGCAGGAAAAGGAUUAAAUCAAUUGUAUUGUCCAACUGAUGUAUUAAUUGACAAAGAGACGGAUAGUCUCAUUAUUUGUGAUUGGGCGAACAGCCGAGUUGUACGAUGGUCUCGUCGUAUGGAUACAAAACAAGGAGAAAUACUCAUUGACAACAUCAAUUGUUAUGGAUUAGCAAUGGAUGAGCAGAGAUAUCUCUACGUUGCUGACUACGUAAAACAGGAAGUAAGACGACAUAAAUUGGGUGAGAACAUUGGCACUCUCGUGGCUGGUGGUAAUGGGCAAGGUCGUGGACUCCAUCAAUUCAACUGGCCGACAUAUCUCUUUGUCGAUCGACAACAGAAUGUCUACGUGUCAGACAACUACAAUAAUCGUGUAAUGAAAUGGAAUAAAGAUGCAAAAGAAGGUAUUGUAAUCGCUGGAGGACAAGGUCAAGGAAAUGCUCUUACACAAUUGUCUUGCCCUCUCGAACUCUUCGUUGAUACGUUGGGUAGACUCUAUGUAGUAGACCAAGAGAAUCAUCGUGUAAUGCGUUGGGCUCAAGGAGCUACACAAGGCACUGUAAUUGCAGGUGGAAAUGGCGCAGGAGCAGGAGCAAAUGAGUUCAACUACCCCACUGGCUUGUCUUUCGAUCGACAUGGUAAUCUCUAUGUCGCAGAUCGUAAUAAUGCUCGUGUUCAACGAUUUUCUAUCGAAUAA